UCCGGAGUCAGGCCCCGGCGGAGGCCGCCUCAGAAGCAGGGGCCUUCGGCAGGCCCGGCGUGUUUUCAACAUGGCAGCGUCCAGGCGGGCUCAGGUGCUGCGGCUCUACCGGGCUUUGCUGAGGGAGAGCCAGAGCUUCAGCGCCUACGGAUACAGGACAUACGCCAUCAGAAGAAUAAGGGAUGCUUUCAGAGAAAACAAAAACAUAAAGGAUUCAGAAGAAAUAGAAACACUAAUGAACAAAGCAAAGGCUAGUCUGGAAAUGAUACACCGACAGGUCACCAUUGGUCAACUUUAUUCAACGGAGAAGUUAAUUAUCGAAUGCCCACAGAAUGUCUGAUAGUGGAUGAACUCUUCUUUGCCUGUAGCAGUGGCGGAUCAGCCUCAGUAUUCUGGAACACGCACAGAUUUUUACUUGAACAUAUAGUAUUCUCUAUGUAUAUUUGAGCUGUCUUGUUCUCCACGUUGUUCACUAAGUCUUAACAUAAGCUGUCCAGAAUUUUUCAUAGUGUGCUUUCAAUAUGCCAGUAAGAUGAUAACAAUGUGUUGCCAUGUCUGAGUGUCACUAUUUGCUUAUAUCAAGUUUUCUUGCCAAUAAAAUUCCAUAAACUGA